UGUUUGUUUUCAUCGUCUGUUUCUUCAAUUUUUUGCCCAGAGAACGCAAAAUACACAUUUGCCUAUAUCUGCUUCAAGUUGUUCUUUUACGUAUAAUGUCGGCAUCUAUUCUAAAGGCAGGGACAUUUAAACACAUUACUUGCCGUAAUAAUAUUUACCCAAAAAGUACUCUGCAACGUUUUCCUGUUCCAGAUGAUUUUGUCUUCUGGUCAGCUGAGUAUGUAAACUAUUCGCCUCCCAUUUAUACUGCGCCACAUAUAAAUGGACAACCUUGGGCCGAUCCGGACAUCGGUUGUGUCGAUUUUCAACCCAAAUGGAAUCAACUAGAUGGCGCUGUAAAUCGUGUAUCGUUCAACGGAAUUUACAAAAUUGAAAAUGGGCUUCCCAUAAACCCCAUUGGACGUACCGGCUUGAGUGGCCGGGGAUUACUAGGGCGUUGGGGACCAAAUCACGCAGCCGAUCCGGUAGUUACACGAUGGAAACGCAACGCUGAUGGCAGCGUAUCCAUAAACAGUGAUACACAAAAAAAAAUGUUACAAAUGGUGGCAAUACAACGCCAUGAUAAUAAUAUGUGGGCCAUACCAGGAGGCAUGGUUGAUCCUGGUGAGAAGAUUACCGCAACUCUUAAACGCGAAUUCAUGGAAGAAGCUUUAGAUAGUUUCGAAAAUCAAAAAGUGAUUGAAGAUUUCUUCGCGAAAGGAAAUGAAAUAUACAAAGGAUAUGUAGAUGAUUUUCGUAAUACAGACAAUGCAUGGAUGGAGACAGUUGCCUAUAAUUUUCAUGAUGACAGCGGAGCUCAGGUGGGAAAAUUAGCUCUCUCGGCAGGUGAUGAUGCCGCAAACGUAAAAUGGUUGGAUAUUGAUAGCACCAUAAAAUUACACGCAAACCAUAUUGACAUUAUUAAAGAGGUUAUAAAACGAUUAAACGCCUACUGGUAAAUAAUAAAUUUAAUAUA